AUGAUUAGAGUAUUGCGGUCAACUGAAUGUGCUUAUAGGUUACAAGGCUUAAGAUAUGCUAAUACGUUAUCGAGUCGAGCCGAUGUUGUCGUUUGCGGAGGUGGCAUCGCAGGAACUUCUACCGCUUAUCAUCUUGCCAAAAGAGGGAAGAAAGUUUGCUUAUUCGAAAAAGAUGUAAUAGGAUGUGGUGGGGCUUCGGGAGUGAGUCAAGGACUUGUAACUGCCCCCAUAUUCUGGCAAGAUUCCACCAAUCAACAAUUAGCUGAUAUGUCUCUUAAACUGUAUUCGCAAUUAGCGGAAUCAGGAAAAUUCAAAUUCACGAAAUGUGGAAGGGUGUAUUUGGCUUCGACUCUUCCUAACGAAAUUUUAUUACGUAGAAUGUUUUCUAGAGGUAUUUUGCAUAAUGAUGAUGUCGAACUUAUCGAUUGUCAAACUGAAAUGCUUCAAAGAUGGCCAUAUUUGCAAACAGAGGAUGUACAGCUAGCUCUGUAUUCGCCAGAGGAUAUCGCUCUUGACCAGGUUGCCCUUUGUCAGGAGUUAGCACGUUUAGCUCAAGAAAAUGGUGCGGAAGUUUUCGAAGGAUGUGAAGUUCAAGAAGUUCUUUUGGGAGAUGAGAAGCAAGUGUAUGCAGUUAAAACAUCUUGCGGUCUUGUCGAAGCGCCAGCUUUCGUAGACGCAAGUGGCAUGUGGACUGGUACACUAACCGUGAAAGGGCUACAACAUAGACAUUUACAAACAGCUGCUUAUCCAUGUACUUACUCUUAUAUUCAUACUUCUAAGUUACCAACUGGUUUGGUGUCUGACAACACUCCUGUUUUUAAUGAUCUCGAUGGCAACAUCAUGAUAAGAGCCACUGGGUUCAAAACAUUGUGUUCUGGUUUCCAUGAAGAGGGAGUGAAACCUUUACAGAGACAAGGAGUUGAGUUUGGGCAAUGGCAUUAUCCAGAACCUGAUUGGGACAAAUUCGAAACGUCGCUUGAAAAGCUACUCUAUCGAUGUCCUCUGUUAGGGGAAACAGAUCAUGGUGAUCUUAUAUGUGGGAUGGAGUCUUAUACUCCAGACAAAGCUCCGUGCGUUGGCGAAACCAGCCAAGCCAAAGGCUACUACGUUUUGAACGGUUUGAACGGACAAGGUCUUUCACUAGCUGGAGGUUUAGGACAAAUUCUUGCUGACUGGAUAUGUGAUAAUGUUCCCAAAAUCGAUGUCGCACGAGUUGAUAUCGGGCGUUUCCUAGAAUUACAUGCUAAUACUCAAUACUUAGUUGAACGGGUUCCAGAAAUCGCAGCUAUGACAUAUUCUAAUAUGUACCACUCUCACCAAUGCCAUACUGCGCGAAAUUUAAGAAUGUCUCCUAUUUAUCAUCAGCUUCGUGAUGCUGGCGCGGUUUUUGGAGAAAUUAUGGGAUAUGAACGACCGUUAUGGUUUGAAAAGAACACAAAAUCUGAUAGGAAUGCUCUUCAACAAGGUCAAGAUGUACUACUUGGAAAACCAUCCUGGUUUGAAAGGGUAGCAUCGGAGUAUGAGGCAUGUCGUGAACGGGUUGGAUUGAUGGAUAUGAGCAGUUUCAGCAAAUUUGAUAUCUCGGGACCUGAUGCGGUCAAGUUUCUACAAUACUUAUGUUCUGCGAACAUUGACAGACCUAUAGGGUCUACUGUUUAUACUGGAAUGCAGCAUGACGGAGGCGGAUAUGUAACUGAUUGUACUCUUAGUCGUAUAUCAGAAAACAGUUUCUUCAUGGUUGCUCCUACCAUCCAACAGGAACGUUGUAUGACGUGGAUGAAGAAAUGGGUGAAGGCUUUGAAAGCGAAUGUACACGUUCAAGAUGUAACUGGAAUGUAUACAGCAUUAGACGUGAUCGGACCUUCAUCUCGAUAUUUGAUGUCAGAUAUUACUGGGAUGUCUAUGGGUAGUCAAGAUUUUCCCACCUUCCAUUGCAAGGAAAUAAACAUUGGAAUGGCUACCGGCAUCCGAGCUAUAAGUGUCACGCAUUGUGGUGAGUUGGGUUGGGUAAUUUAUAUCCCCAAUGAGGUUGCUCAAAAUGUUUACGAACGAAUUCUCGAAGCUGGUGAGGAGUAUAGUAUGCUUCAUGCUGGAUACUAUACUCUAAGACAAUUACGAAUUGAGAAGUUUUACGUUUAUUGGGGUCAGGAUAUCAAUGCCACGGUGACACCAGUGGAGUGCGGAAGAGCUUUUCGUGUAGAUUUCAAAAAAGAUUUCAUUGGGAAGAAAGCCUUAGAACUUCAAUUGGAACGAGGUGUUUCAAAACGUUUUGUGCAAUUGUUGGUUGACAAGCAUGAUAAAGAAACAGAUCCAUGGCCUCAAGGAGGAGAAACAUUGUUCAGAGAUGGAAAGCCAGUAGGUGUUACAACAUCAGCAGCUUACGGAUUCACUCUAGGUUGUCAAGUGUGCAUAGCAUACGUCGAGAACAAGGAUUUCGGUGUUUCGACUGAAUUCAUCCAGCGCGGGAAGUACGAGUUGGACAUUGCAGGGAAACGUUUCCCUAAUAUCGAUACAAAGCCUGCUUUGCAUUUACAUCAAGACUGGACGCACCCUCCUAUUGUUGUGCAGCAACAAGUCAUAACUAAUAAUCACCAAUGUCCUGUAACAGAUGACAUUCGCUUUAGUAUUAUAAAUGCUAUUAGUCAGAAACCAGGCAUAUGGGAUUCACAAAGGGAGAAGACAACUGGACAUAAUAGAAAAGAAUUAUUUGCGGAAGUUACUAGAGAAGUUAAUCAGCAGCAUCAAGUAGAACCUCCACUUAUGCCUGACGAAGUCGAAAAGCAGUGGAAAAAUUUGAAAGAUACUUAUAUUAAAACAAGGAAAAAGCUAACAUAUAAUACUGAUGGCGGCGUAAUACCACCUAAAUGGAAAUUCUAUGGUUCACUAACUUUUCUUGAGUCAUUAAUCAGAAGUAACAAUAAACGACGGUUUGAGGAAGAAGAAGCCAUUUCUAUGUAUUCGUUAAAGUCCAAGCGGUUAAGAGAAGAUGACCUUGAAGACGACGACGAAUACAUGGGAUUCUGUCGUUCAUUAGUUUAUCCAAUGAGAGAAAUAGGAUAUAAAGAUAGGGUGGAAUUAUUAAAACUACAGAAAGCUAUACGUGAUCUAGUCCAUGAUGCUCAAAUGAAUGUUCUGAUAAAGUCUCAGAAUUCGAGGUUUUUAUAG